UACUAUUCUAUAUGCAUAAAAUUUUUUUUAUUAAACCAAUGGUUUAUGAUUUUAUGUUAAAUACAAGUUAAAUCAAGCAUCCGCGUGAAGACGCGGGUCAAGUUCUAGUUUAGUGUUAUGGUUAGAGAAAAACUUUUUUUUAGUGCUGAAAUUACAUUAAUAUAUUGUGGUUUUGACACUAUAAUAGUCUUAUGGGUUAGAGAUGUUCUAUUAGGUGAGUUUUUAGGGUAAUUAGAAAUUAAAAAAAAAAAUAGGAAUUAACUUAAGCAACGUUCCUAAAUAAGGCACACAAGAACAGUCUCUUGUAAGACACACAAGAACCGUCUCUUGUAAGACACGCGUCAUGUGGGAGGAGAAUUCGAGAGAGAAAAAAAUCAGUCUCAAGUUGAUGCAGAAAAUCUUCCGGCGAUUCAGACCUGAGAUAGGACCUCCGAGUUCUGGGGCAAGAGGAAGAGGAGAGGGAGAGGGAGACGGAGAGAUUCCUAUUGCAGUUUCUGCUGAGACAGAGUAAUAGCUUUGCGAGUAUUUUAGUUUGGAUCUGUAGUUGGAACUCUUCCGCUUGUGCUUCAGGGUAGGUCUUAGCCCCUACAGUCUUCUACAUUCCUGGUUUCAUCACUGACCAAGAGCAAACUCAGCUCCUCAAUCAUAUAUAUGGAGCAUCUGGUUCCAAGUGGAAGACAUUAAAGAAAAGAAGAUUACAGAACUGGGUGUUUUUGUUUUUGGUGGAAACUUUGUUUAAUCCUGUUAAUGGAAGGUGAAAUUCAUGAAGCUCAUCUUGCUAAGGCUCUCUAUAUCAUCACGAUUAGUGACAAAAGGCAGAGCUAGAGGAACACACGCUAGCAUUGACGAUCUCGAGAAUCAAAAGCGGUCUCACAAGAAGAAGCUUGAGCAGUUCUUGAGGAGAGAGCUGCUUGGUGGAGCAGAGAGAAUGAGAAGGUAUGAGCAAUCAUCGACGACGUGAAAUCUCGGUGUCAUUUAUCCUGCAGCUACUCGUGAGUAUGCCCCCAUUGGUUGAAUAGUUAUGUAGAGAUGCAGCGAUCCAAGCUAUAUACAAUGUUCAAUUUUUUUUUAAGAACCCCUAAAUAAUAAACUAGCAUUGGAGGACAAAAUCAAGGUGUCUCCUAACUAAAGUUCUUAAUCACGUUUAAUUAUUAAAUUAAUCAAUAAGAGAUCCUAGCGAUUUUGCCUUUACAAAUAAACGAACGUUUAAUAUAUAAAACGCUGCGUUUCGUUCUUUAAAAGAGAUGACUGCGCGCGUUUUGAAGUUCGUUUAAAACAGAAAGUUUGAGAAGAGCGAAAGAAAGAUCAACAAGAAGAAUAUAGUUGCGAUGGAGGAGAUUCACCAGAAAAUGAUAAUCUCCUUUAUUACUAAGAUCACAUCGUCUUCGAGCGACGUCGCUCGACUCUUUCUUGAAGCUCAUCAAUGGGAUAUCGACGCUGCAGUCUCGGACUUCAACCAAGUCGUUGCCGUCGCAGCCGCCUCCGCCAGGAGAAAUGUUCCAAACUCUAGAGACUCACGUACUCAGUCUUCGAAUCCUCUUCGAGUAGAUACUUGUGUUUCAAUAUCUCCACCGCCGAUACGGUUGCGAUCACCACGGUCUCCUUCCCGUGCACGUAAUCCGUUUAGUAGAGAGGCCAUUCAACGAGCUGAAAAUUUCGAUGAACAAGAGAACAAUCUUUUGAACGCUGCUAAGGAAUCAGAUGAUGUAGAAAGAGCUCCUCUACCAUCAUCAUCAAGAAGACUAAAUUCAAGAGGCGUAAAAGAAAUUCUUUCAGAUACUCCUCAAGUGGUCCGGAACUUUGUCACUAUUUGGAGGAAUGGUUUCACUCUCGAUGAUCAUCCAUUAUCCACAUUGGAUGAUCCGGAUAAUGCAAUCUUUCUUGAGGUCGUAGAAAGCUUGGAGUCACCACGUGUACUCGAUUCGCCAGAGACCAAACAGCGUUUCCUUGUCACACUCAUUAGGCGUCAACAAGAAGACUUCCCUCAGGAUUCACCAAAACCAUUCCAAGGAGUGGGAAGAACUCUAGCCGAGCCACCAGCUUCAUCCGACUCACUGACCACAGAACCAACACCAUCAACGGAUCCCACAGCGCCAACGACCUCGAUCAAGGUCAUAUUAGCAGACGGCACGCCCAUUGUCUCCCGGUUCACUACUACUCACCAUACCAUCAGAGACGUUCGAGACUUCAUUGACGCGGCUACACCAGAUGCCUCCAGAGACUACCAAUUACUCAUCAUGGGGACGCAGCUUCCUCCUAAACCACUGACUGACUUAGACCAAACCAUCGAGCAAGCUGGCAUCUCCAACUCUGUUGUCACUCAGAAGUUCUAGACCUUCCUCUUAAGCACAUAAAAGAUCAUAUUACACAUGUUGAUAUCAUCAAAACACACGCUUUUUUUUGGUUUUGACUUACUUCUCUCUAGGCUAAAUUCUUUACAGAUACAUGGAUCCAUUUUGUUUUGUUUUCUAACUAAAAAGAAACAGAUGUAAACUCAGCUAGUGUAAUAGAUACUUAAUUUUUUGUUUUGGUAAAAAUAGAUACUUAAUUACGAGCUUAUUUAGUUAGUUUAUAGCUAGGAAGUGUGAUUGGUUAUAACUACAUUAGUAGUAAAAACUAUCCUAUAGUGUAAUAAUAGACUAGAAAAUGGCAUCUGGCAUACCAUUUUCUAGAAUGAAACAUAUAAUGGGGCUCGAAUAAUAUAAAGGCCAACAUUAUUAUUAAAAAAAUAUUUUAUACAUUGAUUUAUAAAAUGAUACUUUUAACAUAAUACUAGAUUUUGACCCGCGCUUGGAAAGCGCGGAUUUUUUGGAUUAUAUUAUAAUACAAAAUCUUAUUCUAUCAAAAAAUAUAAUUUUUAACAGUUAUAUAAUCUAUGAAUUAAUUUAUUUGAGAUUUUAUAUGUACACUUUUACUUAAGUUUUUUUAGGCAUGAUAAUUAUAUCCGGAUCAAAAAAACAAACCGAACCGACCCAAAAAUAUAGGUUCAAUUCAGGUCCAAAGAAAAUGACCUAUUGGGUUUUUUUGCACCCACAUGUCUUUGUUUGAGUCCGGGUCCUACCCUAGAUCCGAUCAUAAAUAUGUUGUGUUUAUUAGGUAUAUUUGGAUAUUUCGAAUAUGUUUCCGGUAUUAUGGAUAUUUUUUUUAAUUUUUUGGUUUACGAUUAUAGUUUUUGACUUUAGGUAAAUUUUCAAAUUAAAAAAAAAAAAUUGGGCAUUUUUCC